AUGGCUCCGGAUAAUAACUGGCUUUCGUUUUCGCUAUCUCCAAUGGAAAUGUUGAGCUCAUCCUCGCAGUCCCAGAUGCUUCAAUCUUCGAUCUCAACCGAUACUCAGCAAUACUAUUUCGUCGAUAACUUCUACGCAAACGGUUGGCCAAAUCCAAAAGCUCAAGUCAUGUACACACAAGGAGAGCAUAAUCAACUCAAAGAAGUCACAAGCCAGACCGUCAAUGGUGAAUCCUCGAUUUUCACAACCUUCAUGGACUCACAAAUCCAUCAAAACUCAGUCCCGAAGCUCGAAGACUUCCUCGGCGGCGACUCAACUUCAUUGGUUCGGUACUCCGACAGCCAAACGGAGACCCAAGACUCCUCCCUGACUCACAUCUAUGACCAAAACGGUUCAACCUAUUUCAGUGACCAACAAGAUCUCAAAACAAUUGCUGGGUUUCAAGCCUUUUCCACCAACUCCGGUUCGGAGGUUGAUGACUCUGCGUCAGUGGCUAGGACCCAGAUUACUUGUGGCGAGUUUGCGGGUCAGUCCUUGGAGUCUAGGAACGAGUUGGCUUAUUCACAGUGUCCUGCAAAUGCUUUGUCUUUGGGGGUUAAUACCCCGAGCUCUGAGAAGGCUAUUGUUUUGGUUGAUUCGGACAGUUGUAAGAAAAUCACUGAUACAUUUGGCCAGAGAACUUCAAUCUACAGAGGAGUCACAAGACACAGAUGGACGGGUAGAUACGAAGCGCAUCUAUGGGAUAACAGCUGUAGGAGGGAGGGCCAGGCCAGAAAAGGGCGUCAAGGUGGCUAUGACAAAGAAGAAAAGGCGGCAAGGUCUUAUGAUUUAGCAGCUCUAAAAUACUGGGGUCCCACUGCCACCACCAACUUCCCUGUUUCAAGCUAUACAAAAGAGCUGGAGGAUAUGAAGCUUUCGACUAAGCAAGAAUUCAUUGCCUCGCUUAGAAGGAAAAGCAGUGGUUUCUCGAGGGGAGCGUCUAUGUACAGGGGUGUGACAAGGCAUCAUCAACAAGGUAGAUGGCAAGCACGGAUUGGUCGUGUUGCAGGAAAUAAAGAUCUCUACCUUGGAACUUUUGCCACUGAAGAGGAAGCAGCAGAGGCGUAUGACAUAGCGGCAAUAAAGUUUAGGGGACUGAAUGCAGUGACCAAUUUUGAGAUGAACCGAUAUGAUGUUGAAGCCAUUGCCAAAAGUGCUCUUCCCAUUGGUGGGCCUGCAAAGCGCUUGAAAUUCUCGCUCGAGGCAGAGCAGAAACCAACUUUGAGCAAUACCUCCCAAGCUCAUCAGUACAGCAGUAACAGCAGCGGUAGCAUCAGCUUUGCUGCCAUUGAGCCGGUUUCUGCUAUUCCCUGUGGAGUGCCAUUCGAUACCCCAUCACCGCUAUAUCAUCACAACUUCUUCCACCACCUCCCCUCCAACAACGCAGCUGCUUCUGGUGCAUCUGGGUCUGUCUCCCAAAUGGUAACUCCAAUGCCUUUAGUGCCAUCACCAGCCGAGUUCUUCAUUUGGCCUCACCAAUCCUAUUAACUUCUCUACAAUACACCGUUCAGCUAAUGUUAACCAACAGCCCUUGUUUGUGGUAUUCAAUUUAAGCUGACCCUCAACUGACCCAACUAAGCUUUAGCUAGUUUUUAACCUUGGUAGGGCUGAGAUAUAAGGUGGUUUUGUUUAAAGAAUACAUUUUUAGUUCCUAGCUAUAGGAUGGAACAUGAUAUCUGUAAAAAGCUUGUCUUCGACAACUGGGGAAGUUCUAUGGAGGAUGGGUUUGGGGCACUCAUCUUCUUGUGGAAUAGUUUUACAUUUUCUCCAGUGUUUGAUUUGGUUGAAGAUGCUCCUCUCAUCAAUCAUAAUUUUGUUCGAAGCUGACACAAAU